AAAGAACUGUUUUCUUCUUUGGGCGUUCAGUGUAAUAUCUUGGAACUUGAUCAAGUUGAUGAUGGGGCCAAUGUUCAAGAAAUGCUGUCAGAAAUCACUAAUCAGAGAACUGUGCCCAAUAUUUUUGUGAAUAAAGUGCAUAUGGGUGGAUGCGAUCGAACUUUCCAGGCACAUCAGAGUGGUUUGUUACAGAAGCUCCUUCAGGAAGACUCAACAUACGAUUAUGACCUCAUUGUCAUUGGGGGCGGUUCUGGUGGCCUUGCGUGUGCUCAGGAAGCUGCCAUCUUGGGAAAGAAAGUUAUGGUGCUAGACUUUGUGGUCCCAUCACCUCAGGGCACGUCCUGGGGUCUUGGCGGCACUUGUGUGAAUGUGGGCUGUGUUCCUAAGAAAUUGAUGCAUCAAGCUGCCCUUUUGGGGCAGGCAUUAAAUGACUCCAGGAAAUUUGGCUGGGAGUAUGGUCAACAAGUGAAACACAACUGGGAGACCAUGACAGAAGCAAUUCAGAACCACAUCAGCUCUCUAAACUGGGGCCACAGGUUGUCCUUGAGGGAAAAGUCUGUGGACUAUGUCAAUUCCUAUGGAGAAUUUGUUGAACAUCAUAGAAUAAAGGCAACCAAUAGAAAAGGACAGGAAACUUCCUACACGGCUGCAAAAUUUGUCAUAGCAACAGGCGAAAGGCCACGGUAUUUAGGAAUCCAAGGAGAUAAAGAGUACUGCAUUACUAGUGACGACCUUUUUUCUCUACCUUAUUGCCCUGGCAAAACAUUAGUAGUGGGCGCGUCUUAUGUUGCUCUGGAAUGUGCAGGAGUUCUUACUGGCCUUGGCUUAGAUGUCACGGUUAUGGUGCGCUCAGUCCUUCUUCGGGGCUUUGAUCAAGAAAUGGCAGAGAGAGUGGGCUCCUACAUGGAACAACAUGGUGUUAAGUUCUUAAGAAAAUUCAUACCUGUGAUGGUUCAACAGUUGGAGAAAGGGUCACCUGGAAAGCUGAAAGUAGUGGCCAAAUCCACCGAAGGGCCAGAAACUAUUGAAGGAGUAUAUAAUACAGUUUUGUUAGCAAUUGGUCGUGACUCUUGUACAAGGAAAAUGGGCUUGGAUAAGAUUGGUGUCAAAAUCAACAAGAAGACUGGCAAAAUUCCAGUAAACGAUGUGGAACAGACCAAUGUGCCCUACGUGUACGCUGUUGGGGAUAUUCUGGAGGGUAAACUUGAGCUCACACCCGUUGCCAUACAGGCAGGCAAGCUGCUGGCUCGAAGACUUUUUGGGGGCUGUUUGGAAAAGUGUGAUUACGUUAAUGUUCCGACUACAGUGUUUACUCCUUUGGAAUACGGCUGCUGUGGAUUAUCUGAAGAGAAAGCUAUUGAAAUGUAUAAAAAAGAGAAUCUCGAAGUGUAUCAUACCUUCUUCUGGCCUCUCGAGUGGACAGUGGCUGGCAGGGACAACAACACUUGCUACGCAAAGAUAAUUUGCAAUAAAUUCGACAAUUAUCGGGUGAUAGGAUUCCAUGUUCUUGGACCAAAUGCUGGUGAGGUCACCCAAGGAUUUGCGGCUGCAAUGAAAUGUGGGCUCACAAAACAGCUACUCGAUGACACCAUUGGAAUUCAUCCCACAUGUGGUGAGGUGUUUACGACUUUGGAAAUCACCAAGUCGUCGGGACUGGACAUCACUCAGAAAGGCUGCUGA